AGCAACAUAACAUUUCCAAAUUAUGGUUUUCAUUUAGCAGUACACAAUCCUGAACCUGUGCCAGUUUAAACUUUAGCCCUUCCCUCUAACGCACAUACUGUAUUAGAAAAGUAUCUUGGCAAAGAAAGUGCAGGAAUAAUCUGAAUUUCACAACAAUCAGCUAUGAAAACUGUCGCUGUCUACAACACAAAUGUUCAUAUCAAGUGACAGAGUUCUGUGAUAAGGUAAGGGGGCUGUAUGAUCGGAUAUGUUUCUAUUAAUUCCUUUAAAAAGCAGAAGUUUUUUUGUUUGUCCUUAACUGAACUUGACAACAUUGUCGUGGCAGUUUGUACGCUCAGGAACACAUUGCUUGUUAAAUAUACUUCAACUAUCCUCCUGAGAGGUGCACACAGCAUUGUUUGCACGGUUUAAUAUAAAAUUAAACCCUUUGCUGUUUCAUUCCUUGUGAUGUUUCUCUAAGACGACAUUUGUAGCAGAGUUACGGGGUGACACAGAAGGCUGAUUUUAGAGAGAUUCUUAUUUAUAAAGCUCCAACAUUUUCUGCAGUGCUGUAUAAUAGAUGGACAAGUCUGUAAACAUUACAUUACACUAACUGCAAUCCAAUAUCAGUAUUUGAUCGUACAUCAAUAAAUUGUUAGUAUGGCACGUGUGUUCAAAUUGAUCCAAAAUUGUCACCAUCUUUUUUUCCGCCAGUUAGGCCGCGAAACUUAGAAAUUGUUAUCAACUGAAUACCAGGCUUGACUUCAGUGGUUCUUGUUAGUCACACAAUGUAGAAAUUGAUACUCAGAGAUCACAAGAUGUACAUUUAACAAAAUUGAUCCAUCUUGUAAAGCUCUGACAGUGGCAUUUGCAGUGGCAAAAGGUGACGUGUCAUUAACCUGUUGUUCUCAAAUAUGUCAUUGAUUUCUUUAUUUUUCUUUCUUCCUUUCUCUCUCUCUCUUUCCCUCUUAUGUUGUGUUGUUGAUUUUGGCACAUCAUAUUGUUGUAGUAGUGCUGAUUUUGUUCUUUAUUCGGUGUAAUUGAUCAACCUGGAAUUGCCAUUUGGCGGUAAUGGUAAUGUUUACAGUGCAGGAUCUCAAUGCCUCUAGUGGCGGUCACUGAGUGCAGUGAGGGAGAAAAGGUGAGUAAAACCUCAUUUUAACUCCUUAGAAAGGGUGGGGGGCACCUAAAAAUGUAACAGGCAGAGUAGGCCGGUGCAGGGGCAGCAAAAUGCAUAUCCCCAUGCUGUGAAUAUGUUACACUCCUCCAAUAGGCAUUGCUAAAGGAGGGCAAGCUCCCCCUAGAUUAGUCUUUACCCUUAAAGAGCAGGGUAGCAAAAGGGCGCAGCUGCCGCCCCGUGCCCUGUAAGAGAUACCACACUAUGUGUAAUGGGAUGCUUUCAGUGCCUCCGGCCCCCAUCUGAGGUAGGUAAACUUAACAUGUAUAGCUUGGAGGAAAGACGACACAGGGGGGAUAUGAUAGAAACAUUUAAAUAUAUAAAGGGAAUCAACACAGUAAAGGAGGAGACUAUAUUUAAAAGAAGAAAAACUACCACAACAAGAGGACAUAGUCUUAAAUUAGAGGGACAAAGGUUUAAAAAUAAUAUCAGGAAGUAUUACUUUACUGAGAGGGUAGUGGAUGCAUGGAAUAGCCUUCCAGCUGAAGUGGUAGAGGUUAACACAGUAAAGGAGUUUAAGCAUGCGUGGGAUAGGCAUAAGGCUAUCCUAACUAUAAGAUAAGACUAGGGAGUAAUGAAAGUAUUUAGAAAAUUGGGCAGACUAGAUGGGCCAAAUGGUUCUUAUCUGCCGUCACAUUCUAUGUUUCUAUGUUUCUAUAUAAGGGAGCAGGGAGGGCUGUCUGCUGUGAGUAUGUGUAUUUGUGUAUUUAGCAGUGUGCAUGUGUCUAUGUAUUAAGCAGUGUGUUUGUUUAUGAAUUAGGCAGUGUGUGUGUCUAUGUAUGUGUGUAUCUAUGUAUUAAACAGUGUGUGUCUGUCUGUAUUAAGCAGUUUGUGUCUAUGUAUUAAGCAGUGUGUGUGUGUGUGUAUUAGAAGGGGGACAGAAAGGGAUGUGCAUCAGCAGCACCUUGUGGCAAGUGUCUGCAACGGAAAUAUGCUUCACAGCGUGUGCUGAGGGAUCACAUGGAGGGGCUGAGGAAGGCAUGAGACACAUGGAGGGGCUGAGGAAGGAAUUAGAGACAUGGAGGGGCUGAGGAAGGAAUGAGAGACAUGGAGGGGCUGGGGGGAAAUGAGACUCAUGGAGGGGUUGAGGAAGGAAUUAGAGACAUGGAGGGGCUGUGGGGGACGAAAUGAGAUGCAUUGAGGAGUGAGACACAUAGUUACAUAGGUAAAAAGAGACAUGUGUCCAUCAAGUUCAGCCUUCCUCACAUUUAUUUUUUGCCGUUGAUCCAUAAGAAGGCAAAAUAAAUUUGAAUCCCUUCCAAUUUUCCAAAAAAAUGGAGGAAAAAAACCCUCAGAAUGGCAGUCAGAUUUAUCCUUGGGUCAAGAAGCUAUUACCCUACAGUUGAAAAACACACACACUCACUAACAGACAAGCAUACACAGUCACUAACAUACAUGCAUACACACUCACUAACAGACAUGCAUCCACACUAACACACUAACUGACACACACUCAUUAACACACUCACUAACAGACACACAGUAACACACUCACUAACAGACACACAGUAACACACACACACUAACAGACACACACACUAACAGACACACACAUAGUAACACACUCCCUAACAGACACACACACACUAACAGACACACACACUCACUAACAGACACACACAUAGUAACACACUCCCUAACAGACACACACACUAACACACUCACUAACAGACACACACAUACUAACACACUCACUAACAGACACACACACACUUACAGACACACACAUAGUAACACACUCCCUAACAGACACACACACACACUAACAGACACACACACUCACACACACUCUCUAACAUACACACACACUAACACUCUCUAACAGACAUGCACAUACUAACACAUUCACUAACAGACACACACACACACACACAUAGUAACACACUCACUAACAGACACACACACUCACUAACAGACACACACAAACCCACUCACAUAAAAACAAAAUUAAAUCCCCCCAGCCUCCCUACCUUUAGGAGUGCUGGGGUGGAUUCUCACUUUCCCUGGGGUCCAGUGGCGCUGCUGGGUGGCCAGCUGGUCACUGCAGUUGGCGAGGGAGCACUGAUCCUCCUGUUCAGCUCCCUCGAGUGCCGCGUAGCGAUGUAGGGGCCAGAGUGAUGUCAUAUUCCGGCUCCGGCAUCACUGCGGUGCGCGGGAGGGAGCUGAACAGGAGGAUCAGUGCUCCCUCGCCGCCCACCUGGAAAGCCAAAUGCCUUGUCAGCCUCAGGGUAAAUACACCCCUGCUUCAGUGGUUACAGCAGAAAAAGGAGAAGGUUCUGGAGUGGCCCUCACAGUCUCCUGACCUUAAUAUCAUUGAGCCAUUCUGGGGAGAUCACAAACGUGCGGUUCAUGCAAGACGACCAGACUUUGCAUGACCUGGAGGCAUUUUGCCAAAGCGAGUGGGCAGCUAUACUAUCUGCAAGAAUUAGGUGCCUCAUAGACAACUAUUACUAAAGACUGCACGCUGUCAUUGAUGCUAAAGGGGGCAAUACACAGUAUUAAGAACUAAGGGUAUGCAGACUUUUGAACAGGGGUCAUUUAAUUUUUUACUUUGUUGCCAUGUUUUAUUUUAUGAUUGUGUCAUUCUCUUUUGACCUACAGUUGAAUAUGAAUCCCAUAAGAAAUAAAAUAAAUGUGUUUUGCCUGCUCACUCAUGUUUUCUUUAAAAGUGGUACAUAUAUUACCAAUUCUCCAAGGGUAUGUAAACUUUUGAGCACAACUAUAAGUUUUACCCUUCAUCUUCAUUCCUUUCAUUAAGUAACUUUGCAAUGUCAUGGUAAUUACAGUUACCCAGCCUUUUGUGCCAAGUUUGAAUAUCUUAACAUCCAUUAGCUAUCUUCAUUUUUAGCAAUAUUAUUUCAAUAGUAAAAUGUAUUGUAUUUUGGGAUAAUACAUUUGAUGCCAUUUUUCCCGACAAGUUCGCAAUAUCACUAAUGAGACAGAGAAGGACAUUUUUCUAAACCCCUACACAAUUAUGAACCCUUAAUAGGGAGCACAUGGUGUAAGUGGCAGCAUUGUAACAUGGCUGGCUGUGUGAUACCAAAGCAAAUACAAAUACACAAAAAUAAGUCCUGCGCUCAGACUCCCACUACUCAUGGACGGCAGCAAUACAGUACACAUCAGCCACAAUGCAUACAAUAAAAAAAAACAAAGAAAAGGUUACUUGUGAAUGACUUAAUUUGUCAGAUAUUAGAGAUAUUGUUUUUCAGCUUAAUAAAGGAAGGUGAAUUGUUAGUGUAAGACUCACCUAUUAUUUAAACGGGCUGUCACUUCCUCCCAGCACUGCGACCCUUAGAAGGGCCCAGUCGUGCUGUUUAAGCACAACCUGGCCCCCGAUGGCACAUGUUCAUCGGAUGACCCAAAGUGCAUGGAUCACCCAAUGGGCUCCUCAGCCUGUGGGCCGCCCCUGCAGAAUAUUUUGUGCAUUCCCUAGGGGGUACUGGUUCGUACCCCAAGGGUUAUACAUACCACAGGUUGGGGACUGCUCAUCUAGACCAAUUUCUUUUAGUUUAAACACUGACCUAUUGUGUGGAACUUGGCAAAAUCCAAGUAGAUCAUAUCCACUGCAGCAACCUAUACUUCUACUUACCUAUUUGCAGAAUUAAAUUACGUUGUUGGCUAAUAAUAUUUUUCCUAGUGAAUUCCUGAAUAUUAUACCUUAUUAACGUUUCUAAUACUUUCCCAGUCACAGAUGUUAUGCUCACAGGUCUAUAAUUUUCAGGCAAAGAUUUUGAACCCUUUUUGAAUAUAAAGAAUAUAUUUAAAAAGCUGCAAAGAUGGAGAGACAGGAAGUAGAGAGAGUAUAUCAGGUUGCUAAAUUAUAAUGGGGGUAACCCCUACACUUAAAUUACUAAAAAAAAAAAAGGAGAACACAUACAAGAAUUCCAAAAAGUAAAAGAAUGUCUAACAGCAUUCACUUUAAGGAUCUUGUAUAUUAUCAGAAAAAUAGUCAUCUCAGAAAAAUAAUAAUAAAAUAUAACUUUUAAUAAAUAAAGUUAAAAUAACUGAGAGUAAAUUAAAUAUUAUAAUAAAAAUACAAAAGUAAGAGAAAGUGAUACCUUGACCGUGCUGCCUAUAUCAAAUUGCAACACCAGUAGUACAGGGGUAUAGGGGUAUAAAUGUAGAGAAAAGAAAGUUAAUAACGAUAAAUAUAAAUAGGAGGUAUAGUAAUGAUUCUCAGAAGAGUAUCCCCCAACUCCCAUCACCCUUGCCCACUGUCAGCACACUCUCAUUCCCCUCUGUAAUUUAACAAGAGCCGAUCAAUCCGCCCGGCUACCUGACUAAGCAUAAUACAAUAAUAAAGCUGGGUGGCUAUCACGGAGGAAAAUUUAAAUCUAAAGGCUGCAGCUAAGUCCCCUGUCAAACUCCUCCACCCUAGUGAUAUCAAAAAUGCCAAAGGGUGGAGGAGGUUGACAGAGGACUUAGCUGCAGCCUUUAGAUUUAUGGGUGCAUACCAUCAGGCCCUGGAGCUUUGUUUACGUCAACUUUCUUUAGUGUGUCUUGAGUCAUCCAAUCACAAUUGUUCUGCAAGAUUUUGCAGCAACUUAUUUACAUAUCUCUUGCCACAAGUUCCUCCUUCCUUAAUAUAUACUGAGGAAAAAUAGGUAUUUCAAAUUUCUGCCUUUUCCUGGCACACACCCAUCUCUGUUUUCAGUGUAUCUACACUUUAAUUUUGUGUUGUUUUAUUUUUAGAAUUGAUGCACUUAAAACUCUUGGGGGGGGGGGGGGGCUGACUGCCAUGCUGGCUGGUCGCAUGGAACAACGGCUCCGACAACUUUCUGCCUUUUUAGGCCCCAAAAACUGACUUACUGAUCCUUCCAGCCGACCAAGUGCGAUGGGCCGGCACACGGAGAAGCACUGGACCCGGGGAGAGGCUCGCAGUAUUUGUUUCAGUCCCUCGGAGAGAUAUACGUCGUCCCCAUGGGAUGAGGCCUACUCAGGCGGUGAGUGGUGUGGACGGCAGCCGGACUCCCUUGGAUUGGCGGUCCAGGCCCUGUCUCCCCCCCUGAGCCGGUGGGGGUGAUCCCGGCCCACACCCUGCAAUCCCCUCCGCAACGGAGAUCCCAAGACCCAGGCAAGCUGAUAAACCCUGCCAACUCACACCAGGGAGCCUGCCACCUAUCGCCCCCAGAGGACUGCAAUCCCCACAAACACAGGGCAGGCCCCACGUACCUAUGACUGGCAGCCUGAUCAGUGGGGACACCACAACGUUACAUGCCAAGCCAAGGCUUGGUGAUUCUUACACCCGCACACAGCAAAGAGGGCGGAGGGGCUACAAGCGACGCAGCACCAACUCACCAGACCCGGCUGACAAACCCUCUGCCCGACACAGGCAAACGGCACACGAGGCACGACACCACUCCAGCCUUCAGCCCACAGCGCUCACAUGGCAACACUUACUAGCCGCAGCAGGAGGGAUUCAAACAGCUAGAAGGCAGAGGUGCACAUCACUUCCCAACCCUCCACCUUCACAGAGCGGACACCGAACAACAAUGACUGCGCAUACCACCAAGGGCCACACCGGUUGUGCAGAUUCCUGCCUCAUUCCACUGCCAGGGACAUUGGAGCUCAAACGUCUGUUGAUGGGGCGGCAGGGUGUUCUAAUACUAUAAGCUUGUACCACAGCAUGUGUUUUUUUUGUAUUGUUUAUGUUCUUUAGUGCUUACUCAAUUUCUCCCACUGUGGUGUUAAGUAGCAAACAACAGCACACAUUACUAGGUGGGAUCUAGCUAAUAUUUUAAUUUUCUUUUUUCUUAGGCAUUAUAUAGGUACGCAACCAAACAAAUAGCUUGCCUCACACAGUAUAAAGACACCUCUGCUAGUAUAAUAAACUGUCACACUACUUACUGUGCUUUCAAUGCUACAAGCUACGCACAUACAAUCUCAAGCACAACAAGUUUUGAUAUAUGCAUUUCUAGUCUAGCGUGUUACAUUAUAAAAGCCUGUUACCCUCACGUUAUUAAAAAAUAAAUUAAAAAAUUGUGCUGUCUAAAAUGCCACACAUUGAAAUGUCAUGCAAUUGCCAGUAGAUGCUGUCGUGGCACUGCACACUUGUUAAUCUAUGCAAAAGAAAAAAUAAAGAAUUUUAAAAAAAAACAAAAAAAACUCUUGGGGGGUUGGUUUUUCUCUGUUUGGCUGUCACUUUCUUAUUUUCUAGUUUAGUCCAUGUAAUCACCUUUUUUAUUAUAGGAUUCCUUAUAUUAUAUUUAGGAUGCCUCUGAUUUAAAUGUUUUAAAUGCCCUUUUCUAAUUUUUAAUGUAUUAGUUUAUCAUUCCACUAAGCCACAUUGCUUUCAUUUUGUUUAUUUCAUAUUUAUUACCCAAUGAUACAUACUGAGAAGUGUACCUUUUUAAUAAUUGUUUUCAGAUAAACCGUUUAUCAGCAGUGAUUUUUUUUUUUUACUAAAGAGUUUGUACCACUCAAUAUGUUGUAAAGCUGCCGCAAUCUUAUUAAAAUUUGCCUUUUUGAAAUUGUAAACCUCCAUGUUUCUGUAUGUCCAGUUGUCAGAUUACAAUUACAUGUCUGUUAGUCCACCCAUUGUACAGCACUACGAAAUCUGAUGGCGCUAUAUAAAUAUAAUAAAAUAAUAAUAAUCUUGCAAACACCCAUUUUCACAGUUACCAUGGGGUGACAUAAACUGGUUUAUUUGAUUGUGAAGCGUUGACAAAUUUUAGACCAGAAUAGCAGAGAUGGAAAAUAAUAAUUAAAGAUAUAGGCAGUAGUGGAGAUGAUUUAUGUUACAAUAAUACUAUUUGUUGUUCUUGGGUUGGUGUAAUGUUGCUACUGAUCAUUUGUUGCAGAUCAUAAAGUACAAACAUAAAUACACUUUAUUAAAAACUAAUGGUGCUGAGGAGGUCCAGUGAGAAUUGAUUGACUUUCUGGAGCUCUCAGCAAAAAUACUAUUUUUAUUUAUGCAUGUACAGUAUGUAUUUAAUAUUUUUGUCUUGUAAUUUAGAUAUUUUCAACUCACAAUCAACUGGUACUGUAAAGGAUGGCUCUGGUUUUCAAGGUCAUUAAACACUACUCUAAGUAUUUAGCCAGAAGGGUGAAGUCUCCCCAAGCAAUAUGGCACAACGCAAAUCUCUUGCAAUCUUUGGGUGGUUCUGGAGCCUCACGUUGCAGUGCAUUUUCCACUGUUCAUUCAGAGAAAGAUGAUCAUUACAGUUAUAUCAUAGUGGGUGCUGGAUCUGCCGGAUGUGUUUUAGCCAACCGCCUGUCUGAGAAUCCUGAUGACUCUGUACUUGUUUUGGAGGCAGGUCCAAAAGAUCUACUCUUUGGCUGCAAGAGAUUGUCAUGGAAGAUCCACAUGCCUGCGGCCCUCAUAUACAAUCUUUGUAAUGAUAAAUACAAUUGGUUUUAUCAUACAGUACCUCAGAAACACAUGGAUAGUAGGGUUAUGUAUUGGCCUAGAGGGAGAGUUUGGGGUGGAUCAUCAUCUUUGAAUGCUAUGGUAUAUAUACGUGGCCAUGCGGAAGAUUAUAAUAGAUGGAGUCAAGAAGGGGCUACUGGAUGGGACUACAGUCAUUGCUUACCUUACUUUAAAAAGGCUCAGACACAUGAGCUCGGCACUGACAACUACAGGGGUGGACAUGGACCACUAUAUGUCUCACGUGGGAAAACCAAUCAUAUUCUCCACAAUGCAUUUAUUAAAGCAGCUCAGGAGGCAGGUUAUCCGUUCACAGAUGACAUGAAUGGCUACCAACAAGAAGGUGUUGGAUGGAUGGAUAUGACCAUAUAUAACGGUAGGCAAAAUAUUACUGCAUUUUAUUUAUUAUUGCCAUUUAUAUAACGUCAACAGAUUCUGUAGCACUUUACAAUCUUAUGAGAGGGGGGAUUUAACUAUAAAUAGGACAAUUACAAGAAAACUUACAGGAACGAUAGAUUGAAGAGGACCCUGCUCAAAAUAGCUUACAGUCUAUAGGAGUUAUGAUAUAAAACACAUUAGGACAAGAAAUAGUAAUCAAAUAAGGUGGGAGUGAAGCAGAACUGGAGGAGAGAGUAAAGUGCUGCCCUUUAGGAGAUAGCAAGAGACAGGUAUGUAAGGUAGAGGUUACUCUGGGAGGCCAUAAGCUUUCCUAAAGAGAUGGGUUUUAAGGCACUUCUUAAACUAUUGAAGACUAGGGGAGAGUCUGAUGGCAGUAGGCAGGUUAUUCCAUAGUUGGCUGUACGGGUGUGAGCAGUGGACAGGAGAAGGUCACGGGCAGAGCGGAGAGACCGAGAAGGAGCAUUGCUAUGGAUCUGUGAUGAGAUAUAAGAGGGGCAGAAAUUGUUCAAUGCUUUAUAGCCAUGGGUUAGUACUUUUAAUUGACUCCUAUAGGAUACAGGAAGCCAAUGUAAGGACUGACAGAGGGGUGAGGUCUGAGAGAACCGACUAGAUAGGAAAAUUAGUCUGGUGGUAGCAGUCAUUACAGACUGUAGCGGGGCAAUAUGACUUUUCGGAAGACCAAUUAGGAGAGGGUUACAAUAAUCCAUGUGGGGAAAUUACUAGAGCAUGGACAAGCGCCUUAGUAGCAACUUGUGUAAGAAAGGGGCAGAUGCGGGUUAUGUUUUUAAGAUGGAAUCUACAGGAUUUGGCAACAUACUGGAUGUGAGGCUCAAAGGUGAGGCCAGAAUCAAGUAUGACGUCAAGACAGCACGCUUGCAAUGAUGGACUUAUGUGGAUACCAAGUGGAUACCAAGGGAGAGCGAAAGAGGAGGAUCAGUAUUAGGAAUAGAAAAGACAAGGAGCUCAGUUUUAUAGAGAUUGAGUUUCAGAAGGACAUCCAGUCAGAGAUAGAAGAAAGGCAAGCAAUUCAGAAGUUUUGAGGAAAAAGGGAGCAGGGAUAUGGGACGAUAGUUAGAGGGGAAGGACGGGUCGAGAUAUUUUUUUUUCAGAAUAGUAACCAUAGUGGCAUGUUUAAGGUCAGCAGGGACAACGCCAGAAGAGAGAGAGAGCAGUUGAAGAUGUGUGUUAAGGAAGGCACAAGACAAUAGGAGAGAAAUUUGAUAAGGUGAGAUGGGACAGGAUCAAGCGGGCAAGUGGUGGGGCGAGAGGAAAGAAGAAGCGCAGCCACCUCUUGUUCAGUAGCAGGUGAGAAAGUCUGAAGGGUAGGAAAGGUAUGAUCUACGUGGGGUUAAGAAAGAGAAUGGCAAGGUGGGGAGAAUUUUUUCCUUAGCUGUUCAACCUUGUCAGUAAAGUAGCAUGCAAAGCUAUCAGCUGUAAGGUUAGUUUGAGGGGUGGCCACAGCAGGGCAUUUCAUCCUAAAUCAUCAUUACUUUCCUGUAUAAUCCCUAAUGAUGAUUUUAAUCCCUAAUAAUUAUUUUAGGUCACCGAUGGAGCACAGCCAGUGCUUAUCUUCGACCAUCAUUAUCUCGACCCAAUGUAUGUGUUGAAGAAAAAACACUUGUUACCAAGAUAAUUUUCCAAGGGCUGAAAGCCGUAGGGGUGGAAUACAUAAAAAAUGGACAGAAGAAAAAGGUAAAGAUGUAACAUUAUAAGUACAAUAUGUAUAAGUAUCGUUGGGAUGGAAAUGCAAGUUUAAAAAUAAAAAAACAUUUUUAACCUAUUCUGGUUCAUUUUCAAUAUAAGUUUUUAAGGGAGAUGCAUAUAUUAGUUGCAACAUAUAAUUACAGUGGAACCUCUGAACUCUCUGAACUUAUUCCGUUCGAGAAGGCUGUUUGAGAUCUAUUUGUUUGAAAACCAAAUCAUAUUUUCCCAUAAGAAUUAAUGUAAACUAGAUUUGUUCGGGUACCAAAAAUGUUUUCCUUUAAUUUUCUGUUUGAACAGUGCAGAGUAAGGGACUGUUCGAGUACCGAGGUCCCACUGUAUACCAUUCACAAUAAGUUGGUAUUUUCAUAAACUUUGCAAAAACAAUUCACACUCAUUUCCUGUUUAACUAUUUACAUUGAUGUUCCCUCAAGUUCCUAUCUUGACCCUUUUCGUAAAUUAGCCAACUCAAGUUUCUUGUAAUUGUUCCUUAACCCCUUAAGGACACAUGACGGAAGUAUUCCGUCAGGAUUCCCUUUUAUUCCAAAAGUUGUGUCCUUAAGGGGUUAAUGAAAAAAGAGAAUUCCUGCAUAUUCAAAUAACUUUAUAGAACACAUAACUUAAUUGUCUGAAAGUAUUUUAUUGAAACCUCUAACUCUUGAAGGCAUUUAUUACGAAAGAAGUUAUUCUGAGUGGAGGGGCCAUAAACUCGCCGCAAAUUCUCAUGUUGUCGGGAAUUGGAAAUGCAGAUGAACUGACGAGGCUGGGAAUCCCAGUAGUUGCUCACCGUCCAGGUGAGAUCUAUACAUGUGUAGAACAUAAAUACUAAGAUUUUAUGUAAUAAUACUAUAUAUAAAAUAAAAUAUAUAUUUAAAUGAACACUUGUUAGCUGUAGUGGUAACAGUUUGACUUUUUACCUGCAGUCUGCUAGGCACAGCAUCCUAGCCAGAAGAUCUAAGCUCUGAUUGAAGCACAGCAGUGCAAGACUUAGAUCAUUGGUUGAGAGCAAUUAGAUGACACUCUCAGCCAUCAAACUAGCCCUGUACUGCAGUUGAGCCCAGAAGGGCUAAUGGAAGCUCCUAGCAAAGUCUUCUUUCUCUCAUGUCCAGCUGAGAGAAGGCGGGCAGCAGUGCCCAGCACCCCCCACUCCCAUGUCCAAAUGGUUUGACUACUUACACGAGGGACUAAAACACUUCAAUGCCAAGUGACUAUGAAAAGCAAAAGGCGUGGGGGAGCUGACUCAGGGUGAUGUUGGUCUAAUUUUUUGUUACCUAAAUUUCUGCUGAAUUUAUAAUUUAAAUCAAUAAUCAGAAAAAGUGCACAAAUAAGGGUGUAUAGAAGGUGUUUUCCUGAUCACCUUAAAUAUACACUUAAGUAAAAACCAAAACAAACAAAUAAUACACCCUUCAGUGAGUACACACAAAAUAUACUUAUAUACAUGUUCAGAUGGACAGCAUUCAAUAAAUAUCUGUAGAACAUUAAAAAGAACAGAACUUGGAAUUUUCUGUAUAUAACAUAUAAAUAGUAAAUCUCAGGGAAUAUAACUCACAAGUAAAGAGCCUUACCAGGCCCUGUGAAGUAAGCUCCAAGCUGCCUAUACAAGCUAGGAAUUCAAGUUGGUCAGGAAUCACAGGAAUCCUGCAGAUAAAAAAAUAGGUGUACUUUAUUCAAUAACAUUUAAAAACCUAUAGAAAAUAAAAAAUAUAAUGGAACUAGAAGAAAAAGCAUAGGCAGUGUUAUGAAUGCUAAAAAGGAAUAGUCACUGCAAAGUUUGUAUAGAGAGUCGGAGAAGCAGCAAACGCUUGCAGUUGCAGUCACUCAGAGUGAACCAGAGGGACUUCGGAGUUGAUGGAGGAAUAAUAUGCCUCCAUCCACUCAGAUCUGUUGUCAGCAGAGCACAGGGCAGCACUGUGCACAGCAUCCUGUGAUUCAGUAUCUCCUCCCUCUGCAUGCAGACACUGAACUUUCCUCAUAGAGAUUCAUUGAUUCAAUUCAUCUCUAUGAGGAGAUGCUGAUUGGCCAGGGAUGUGUUUGAAUCGUGCUGGCUCUGCCCUGAUCUGCCUCUUUGUCAGUCUCAGCCAAUCCUAUGGGGAAGCACUGUGAUUAGAUCAGGCUACCACAUGUCAGCAGACUGCUUGUUUUUCUGAGUCUAACAGCAUGCAGAUUUACAGCUUCAGGCUUGAAUACAGUAAGAUUUUUACUAUAUCUAUGGAGGCAUGAGGGGCCCAGGGGGCUAGAUGGUGGUGUUAACACUAUAGGGCCAGGAAUAAAUGUUUGUGUUCCUGACCCUAUAAUGAUCCUUUAAUGUGUGGAGAAAUAAAGGAGGAGCUCUUAUCUUUGAAGUGCCGGUAGUCUUUUAAUAUAGUAUAAACUAGACUUUAAGUUGUAGGUGGACAACAGACUUUCAAAAAGUAAGUCACUGAAUAAGAUAUAUUAUAUAUUUAGACAUUUUCAAAUUCUGCUUUUGUUGGGUCUGCAUAUUUAUUCAUUGGGUGUCAAAAUGGAAUAAAUCUCCAGAAACAGAAUUAAUCUGAUAUUUGCUUAAAGGGAUAAGCUAAGCACCAUAGCCAUAGUCUCCUGGUGCCAUUCCCACAGCAAACAGUGCAAUUUUUUAAUGAAAGAUAUGACACUUAUCUUACUCUGUCAGAUGUCCAUGGUCCUUAUUGUCAGCACUGUUGGACAGUUUUGACAUUAUUCAUCAAUGCACACUGUCCAAUGAGUUGUCCUGAUCUGCACACUGUCCAAUGAGUUGUUAAAUAAAAAAUCUACAACUAAGAAAAAACGUGUGUAAAAUAUAAAUCUUUUUCUCAGGCGUGGGACAGAAUUUGCAGGAUCAUCUCGAGGUCUACGUUCAACAGCAAUGCACUCAGCCCAUUACUCUGUACGCAGCACAGAAACCAAUACGGAUGGUCAGAAUAGGCCUGGAAUGGUUCUGGAAAUUUACAGGUUUGUUGGAUACUGUGAUCACAUAAAGUUUAUAUAUUGGAUGGAAUAAAAACGAAAGAAAAUAAUUACUUGGGCACUAACCCAAAUGCAUAGGGACUUGGGGUAGUUCUCAAGUAACGCUUUUCUUUGGUUUUUAUUUUAUUUUUUGGGGCUGCUGCAUACUAUAGUCAUUGCUGCCGCCCAGGAGUAGUGGGAGUUUGAGCGCAGGACUUUUUUUUGGUACAUUUAUAUUGUAUGGAAUGAUGAACAAAUGGAUGAAUAAAUGGACAGAUGGAUAAUAACCAUCAUAUAUUCCUCCCACUUAAACCAUAACUUUUGGAAUUUAUUCAUAGGAUGUGGUGGUUUGACAAAUGACUUGCAGAAUUAAAUAUAUAAAACAUUCUUAUCAUGAGGGUUCAACUUGUUGUUAAGUGUGUGUUAAGUUGAAAAUUGCAAAAAAGUCAAGUAGAAAAAAAAAAAAAAGAGCUGACAAAAACCAAACAAACUUUAACUCAGUUUUGUCUUUAAUGUUGCACAUAAACUCCCUGUCAUAAUUUACAGAUAAAAAGAUAGACCUUGGUUUUACAAUCAGACAGCACCCAUCCUCUGAUUAGAUAUUGACCAAGACAAUAAAUAUAUAGAUGGAUUUUGUACUUUAAUAUUGUUUUAUUAUAUCCAUGUUUUUUCUGGCUACAACAGUACAAUAAUGCAAAGUAUUCCUUUUGGAUACAGGAGAUGGAGCGACUGCACACUUGGAAUCUGGUGGGUUUAUCCGAAGUGGUCCUGGAGUAAAGCACCCUGAUAUACAAUUCCAUUUUUUGCCUUCACAAGUGAUUGAUCAUGGGCGAGUCAGUCCAAAGGUGGAGGCUUAUCAGGUGAGGAUGAAGGGUCUAUUAUGCAAGAGAUUCAUUUACUAAAAAGUGAAUUGUGGUGAGUAGAAAAAGCUUGUGAAAAAUCUAGCUGCAGGAUUUUUGAUGCCUUGAAAAGAAGCAUUUAUCAUCAUACAUAACUCAACACUAGCAUGAUACACCGCACACAUUUUGUGCCUCACUAUAAUAGCAUCUUCAUAUACAUGUGUACAUGUAUGCGAUGUAUAUUUUUUUUCAGUUAAUACAAUUAAACAAACAUCUGCACACCAGUCAAGCCACAGAAAUCACAAAUUUGCAGUGAUGUUACUACCGCAAAGGAUUCUGGGUGGGCAUAUGCAAAUUGGUUUAACAACAAAUCAAAUUUUUGCCUCAUUCUGUUUUAAACAUGGAUUCCUUUGAGUCUGUGUUUGCUGUAUACAACAGCUUGUAAAGAUGCAAAGCCAGUGAACCUGUUUUGGUUGUUGCUUUGUGUGUGUAUAUAUAUGUUAAUGCUUAAUACUUUGUCAAGAAUCCUUUGCAGGCAAUGACUGCUUUAAGUCUGGAACUCAUGGACAUCACCAAACGCUGGGUUUCCUCCUUCGCGAUGCUUUGGUAGGCCUUUACCGCAGCUUUCUUCAGUGGUUGUUUGUUUUUGGGUCUUUCCGCCUUAAGCUUUGACAUCAGCAAGUAAAAAGCAUUCUCUAUCGGGUUGAGAUCAGAUGAUUGACUUGGCCAUUGCAGAAUAUUCCACUUCUUUGCCUUAAAAAAAAUGUCUGGGUUGCUUUCACAUUAUGUUUUGCAUCAUUGUCUAUCUGUAAAGUAAAGUAAAGCUGUCCAAUCAACUUCGCUGAAUUUGGCUGAAUCUGAACAGACAAUAUAUCCGUAUAUUCUUUAGGAGAUAUUAUAUAUAUAUAUAUAUAUAUAUAUAUAUAUAUAUAUAUAUAUAUAAUAUGCCGUAGAUAAUGAUGCACUCACGGUCUUCAUAAAAUCCAAAAUGCUUUAUUAGGUAUUCAUUAAAAAUAGGAUCAACGUUUCAGUCCCCCCAUGGGACUUUCCUCAGGAUCAAAAAAUACAUAUAUGGGGGGGCGGAGCUAACAGAGAGGCCGCAUUUCUCAGAGCUUCGUCUCUGACUUUUUAAAGCAUAGAGAUAUAUGGUGGAAACCGGGCCCAAAAUAUCCUACAAACAACCCAGGCACAAGCAGAAAGAACAUGGGCAGAAAAUCUAAAAAAGCAAAAGCUGAAAAAAGCCCCCACGGGAGGGACAUUGGAGAAAUGCUCCGGACCACACAACAGGCCACAUGGUCCAAAAUGGCGUCUACCGAUGACAUCUCCUCGUAUUCCUCGGAGGACUUCACCACAUAUAUGGGGGGGCGGAGCUAACAGAGAGGACGCAUUUCUCAGAGCUUCGUCUCUGACUUUUUAAAGCAUAGAGAUAUAUGGUGGAAACCGGGCCCAAAAUAUCCUACAAACAACCCAGGCACAAGCAGAAAGAACAUGGGCAGAAAAUCUAAAAAAGCAAAAGCUGAAAAAAGCCCCCACGGGAGGGACAUUGGAGAAAUGCUCCGGACCACACAACAGGCCACAUGGUCCAAAAUGGCGUCUACCGAUGACAUCUCCUCGUAUUCCUCGGAGGACUUCACCACAGAGACGUCCUGGAGGGAGCAUCCUCCGGGCACCCAUCGGACAGCAGAAAUGCACCCCCAACAACCGGGGACAUGGUCACAGCCGACCAGCUCAAGGUAAUGCUGGCGGAACUCCGCAAAGAUUUGACGGCAGACAUGGCCUGCUAUAGGAAAGCCAUGGAAGGGGCCACAACGAAAAUCACACAGCUGGAGGCCUGCUCAAACACCCACAACGCUAGGCUCCACAAGGUAGAACAGAAAAUUACAGACCUGGUCCACUGGCAAAACACAACCAACAACAGACUGGAUGCCAUGGAGGACCAGAGAAGACGCUAUAAUCUCAAAAUAAGUGGGAUACCUGAGUCAGUAGCUCUUGCAGACUUACCCCACUACAUCAGGUGCCUCCUCAAAGUCCUGCUCCCACCGAAACAAGUAAAAACCAUGAAACUAGAUGGCAUGUGCCGGUUGCCAAAAUCACCCCGAGCACCAACAGCGGCGACAGCGGACCUCAUACUGAGGUUUUAAACACUAGCCAACAAGACCUCGCUUCUGACUGCAAUGCGGGGAAAAAAAACCCUACUGUUCGAGGGGGCAUCGUUAACAGUGUUCCCGGACCUGACCAGGAACACGAUAGCCUGGCGAAAAACAAUGCAACCCCAUCUGCACCAUCUCCGGUCCAGAGAAAUUCCAUACAGAUGGGGCACACCUCAAGCCAUACUGUUCACCAACAACGAGACUUUAUACAAGGCGCAAGAUAAACAGGAGCUUGAAACACACCUGCACUCAACAGGCAUCUUUCCAGCGGCACCGGCAACCAGACAGGGCCUUUCCCAGCUGAACCUGGCUAACAUCCGAGAAUUCACCCCACGGAACUCCUCCAGAGCCUCUCCGGGCGGAUCGCCCACCUGAGGAGGCAGAAACCAGCCAAUACAAAGGGACUCUCCUCUCCAUCACAUUCCACCAACUACGCAGACGGAACGUUCCACAAAGUCAAAGACUCACUCUAAUCAGACUCACUCUUUGGGCUUGCACACACAAUAAUGCAGCAUCUUUUCUUAUUCCGAUCCUAUCAGUAUAUGCACGCACUGCUUCCUUCUUAUAGUUAGCAUUACCUAGUUGGUCCUCACUCGUGAGAUAGCCACUCUACGAGACACGGCUGACUAAACCAGAAAGCACACACACACCAAAUGCUGUAGACAUACUACAUGCCCACAUUAGGAGGCAGACGCAUACCACAUAAGAGGUACCACAUAGCCACAUUACUACACGAUACCCGUACACCGCCCUCCCCCCUGCCAAUACACGGAGGAUCAUGCUGAAAGCAACCACACAGAAUAACUGUAAGGGGUGAGGCCCUCAAGGCCAGACACAUAUACCGCAGAGCUACACUCCCCUCACUCCCUUACAGUGCACAACUGAUACUACAACAAAGGUUUUUCUAUAGAGUCAAAUGUAUUAUAAAAUGUGCAAGACUACAAAAAGCCACGAUUGUUUAAAAUGUUUAUUAUAUCUGUGAACAAUAGCUGUUGUGGCUACGUUUGCAAUGAUGUUACUAUUGUGCACACAAAAAUAAAGAAUAAUAAAAAAAAAAAAUACAUAUACCAUAAAAACGUUGAUCCUAUUUUUAAUGAAUACCUAAUAAAGCAUUUUGGAUUUUAUGAAACCCGUGAGUGCAGCAUUAUCUAUGGAAUUAUAUUUACGUCAGCCCAAAUGCUUUGGCACCCGGCAUUACAAUUUACAGCGUGAGUGCAAGGAUUAUCCUUUUUUUUUUUUUUUUUUAUAUAAGUAAUGCCAAGCCUCCAUAGCAAGCCAGUAACUAACCUCAUGCUGAUGAUAAGUUACAUUAACAACAAAGCAGCUGUCCAUGAGUGAUUCACUGGCUUUGCACCUCUUCCUGAGCUGUGUUUUUUUUAAAGCUGUUGUAUGCAGCAGACACAUACUCCAAAGAAUUCAUGUAUAAAGUGGAAUUAUUAGGCAAAAAUGUGGUUCUCUGUUGAGCUCAUUUGCAUACAUCUACCCAGAAUCCCUUGCAGUAGUGAGAGCACUGUUAAAGUGAGAUUUCUGUGGGAAAAGCAAGUGUUAUGGCUUGACUGGUGUGUGUAUAUUUGUGUUUAGCAAUGUAUUAACUAUUAUAAUGGAAAUUGCUUCAUACUUACCGUAAUUUUCAUUUCCUGAUAAUUAUUCAUGGCAGCAUUUACUCAUGGGUUAGCUCCUCCCCUCACAGCAGAAAGGACAGGAAAUAGAACUUUGAAACUGGUAUAAAUAGAUCCUCUCCCUACCCAUCAGGCAGUCUUAGUAACUAGCUUCACAUCUUAUAGUAUAUGGGUGGGAACGUAAUGCUGCCAUAAAUAAUUAUCAGGAAAAGAAAAUUACGGUAAGUAUGAAACAAUUUUCGUUUUUCCUGACCAUUAUUCAUGGCAGCAUUUACUCAUGGGGAAUACCCAAGCAAUAUAUAUAGAGGGAGGGACAGAGUUUAAAAACAGCUAAUAGCUAUAAAACCAUUAUUGAGCUGUAUAAAUCUUAGAAGACUUUACAAAGCCAAACAAGAAUAAAUAUGAAAUUGUCAUAAAAUCUGCUCAGACAAGAUAAUUUUCCCUAGAAGCUGCAAGGUCAGCAACCUCCUGGCAUUCAAUAUCUGAAAUAUCCUGAAUAAAUAUAGAAUUAAAUAUAGAAUUAAGGCCACGAUAGCAUAAGCUAGAGAAGGAAAAUGUCAUUCUGGUAUAAAAAUUUAAAACCAAAUUGAUAUCAAUAAAUCAGAACCUUGACGAAGGCAUAACUUCCAGAGAUCAUACUGGAACAAGCAGAUAAUGUUGGAUGAGAACGGACACACCAUGCUAUUAAACACGGGGAGAAUUACACUGAGAAUCCUACUACUUACUGGGUGUAUUUAUUAAAUACGAUUCACACCGCUUCCUCUUGCCUUGUGAACUACUUACCUGAAGAUACAGGAACAAAUCAAUAUCAGCCUGUCAGAAAGAGGCAGAGCCUAGUAGAGAAAUAAGAGUCUGUUAUUAAAACACUGCAACAAUGACCCAAUGUUGCAAAAUUCCGAUUUACAACAAUACCUCACACAGUGGAUGAAUUGAUACAGCAAUGAUCAUUCACAGGAGAGGAAUAAACUAAUAACAUUACUAGGCAAAGGCAAGAAGAAUCAUAUACAGAUUAGUUGAGGAAAAAAAGAAAUAUCGGUAUGAACCAUAGAAUUUGUGGCAACUACUAAAUUAUAAGGAGGCCAACCACGUCAGUACCUACAUUCAAAGAUAAACAUAUUGUAAAUAGUACAGAUUAUGCCAAACAGUCUUAUCAAAUUUAUUAGAGACUGUUGUGCAACAUAAGUAAGAGAUAUAUAAUAGGCAAGAUACUGAUGGGAAGGUGGUAACCAGAGGCACAUUAUACAUUGUGGCAACAGACACAUAAUAAGCAGGGUAGUAGAAGAUAUUCGGUUAUCUUUAUGAGAACAACAACCGCAUACUUACUCUUACCUUAUCUUCAGAUAGUGAAGAAGUUCUUAUGGCAGAGCCUAUGGUGAUAAUAAACAGCUUGUUAUAUCUGCAAGAUAGCAACACCAAUCCAAACAUAUAAUCCACAAGUAUUAAAUCAAUGCAAUGUUUGGCGUGACCAUAACUUAUACCGAUCUAAGUACAGGGACCUUGUAAAACAUAUCAGUCAAAUGUUUGUCAUCAACAAGCUGCAUUUCAUAUAUAUUAUGCAGGAUGAAUCAACCAUUUAAAGCCACACAUUGGUUGCAAAUUCCAGAUAUAAGGACACCUAGAAGAAUCCCCAUGAAUAUCAGAAGAGGUCCGUAAUGGAACUACCUGUUUAGGGAUUUCCUCUAUUGUUCAGGCAGCAGGUGAAUUUUACCUGAAAUAGUAAACCUGGUAGAAUGGUCUGGGGACUGGAAUGACCUAAAAUACUUGCAAUACACAGCAUCAAAGUUACCUGAGCAUAUGAGCCUAAAAGAAUACCUUUAUUGCAGAAAGGAAAUUAUAAUGUUCCCCUUCACAACAGGGGAAUCGGUCAGAUGUUUCUGAUCAUUAACUCCUUAAGAACCAAAAGCACGCCACCCCUGACAUAUACUAAAGGUAUUGCCAAACUUUCAGGUAUCCAAGGGAUAAAAGAGAAUACUGUCAUCACUUCCGAGAGAGAUAGGACAGACCUCUCGUUGCUGAAGUAGGAACCCAGACUGGCAACUCUUACCGAUAUGCUGUUUGCUGGGUCUUCAGGGGUAAGAGGCUGAACCCUGGCCUGGCUUCAUGUAGGCAGUAUAUCACAUACAUCCCCUGAGCUCAUCUGUUGCUGGGUCUUCAGGGAUAAGAGGCUGAACCCUGGCAUGCAGUGGACCAUUUUCAUCCCUUUCAGGGAGAGGUUGGGUCCGACCCCCGGUCACUAAAAGGGGUACCCAGGCUAGCCAUUUCAUCUUAGACCGUUUUGCUGGGUCUUCAGGGCUUAGAGGCUGAACCCCGGCAUGGCCUAAAAAAUAUUGCCUGGUGAGUAUAAAAGAAAAAAUCUAGGCCUGCUUAAGCAGACUCCUUCCAAACUGCUGUGAAGGACAGGAAAAAAGACUGCCUGAUGGGAAGGGGGAGGAUCUAUUUAUACCAGUUUCAGAGUUCUAUUUCCUGUCCUUUCUGCUGUAAGGGAGGAGCUAACCCAUGAGUAAAUGCUGCCAUGAAUAAUGGUCAGGAAAUAUAUAUAUAUAUAUAAAAUAUAAAACAGAGCACAACAUUUCCACUAGCCACUGCUGAGUGAAAUUUAGACCUGAUGAGUUGAAAUCAGCUUGUAAUGUUUAAGACUCUAAGACCUGGUUAGGAGCGUAGCAAUACAACAUUUUAUAUUUAAAAAAAAACAAAAAACAUUUGACUUAAAGGGGGUCUAGCUACAGCAUAUAAUACAUUGCAUAAGCCUGCCACACCGUCAUUGUACCCCAUUUUUGACAGGUCCUAUCCUAGCAACCUAAUGCCUGCUCUUAUGAGAUGAAUCCACUUACUUGGAAAAUUCUUCCUCCCGGGAAUCUCGGCAGGGCAAGGUUAAAUAAAGCACUGGAAUGAGGAACCUGUUACUGGGAGUGGUGCAAAACCCCAUUACUAAAUUCCCAUUACACAGUCAGGUGUUUAAAAAAAAAAAGAGGGUGUGAAGAGGGUGUUUAGUGAGUGAGUGCUCUGGAUUACGUAUGUAUGUAUGUUAUAUAAAUUGGCCCCAGCAGCACUCUUAUAAUGCAUACAUAUUUAUGUGGGUAAGUGCAGCAUUCCUAGUUUCUAUGUAUGUAUGUAUAUAUGUAUGCAGGGGUGUGCGAGCUGUGUGGCCGCACAGGGCGCCAUGGAGCAGGGGGCGCCAUGUGGCCGACACAGCUCACACAUGGCCAGGGGAGCUAAAGCAAAUCCUCGGGUGGAGGAUUCAUUAUUUCCCACCAUGGACUAUGAAAUGGGGUGGGCUUACCGAACAGCGUGGACGGGCUGGGCUAAAAGGCAGCCGGGGCAGAGCUUGCAGCUCACUGAAGCUCCAGAUACUUGCUGCACAGUAAAGAAUCCCUGCUUCCACUCCUCCCUUCCAGACAUUAGGAAAAGAGGUAAUUGUUUGUGUGACUGUAUUCUGUGUGUGACUGUCUGCCUGUGUGUGUGAGAUGGUACGCUGUGUGCAGGGGCGGACUGCCAGGUCGGGCAGACCGGUCGUGGACCGGGGCCUGAGCCAGUCAGGGGCCUGGCAGUACAGCCAUGCUCUGGCUGGGGAGAUCUAUCUUUAAUCUUCCCAGCCAGAAAGUAGUAAUUCCUCCUUCCCAUAUUUCAAGUGAAGUGUCCUUCCCCCCAUCCCUUCUGAGUUGGACCUGGCAGCCAUCCUGGUCUGCAUGAGAAGGGAGGAGGGGGGCCAGAGGAUAGGAAGUCACUUCCUGUGCUCGCUCUUCUGUCCUGCGGAGUGCUGAAGAUUAGGAGCAAACUUGCAGAGACCGGGUAUGUGCUUUGUUAAUAUUUUAUACUUCCCUCCCUGUAUCUCUCACAGCCCCCCUCCCUCCAUUAUACCCUGCACAGCCCCCCUCCCUGCAUUAUACCCUGCACAGCCCACCUCCCUCCCUUAUACCCUGCACAGCCCCCCCUCCCUCCAUUAUACCCUGCACAGCCCCCCUCUCUCCAUUAUACCCUGCACAGCCCCCUCCCUGCAUACCGCAGCCCACCUCCCUCCAUUAUACCCUGCACAGCCCCCUCCCUGCAUUAUACCCUGCACAGCCCACCAUGCACCCCUGCAGCCCCCUCCCUCCAUUAUACCCUGCACAGCCCCCCUCCCUCCAUUUACCCUGCACAGCCCCCCCUCCCUCCAUUGUACCCUGCACAGCCCCCCCUCAUUAUACCCUGCACGGUCCCCUCCUCCAUUAUACCCUCUCCAUUGUACCCUGCACAGCCCCCUCCCUCCAUUAUACCCUGCACAGUCGUGAGUCGGUAAUUAACUCCACUGUUCUGUGGAGCGUGAAAGGUCAGCAAAGAAGGUGAGUUCCAUCUCUUCAAAACCGUAUGGGGUCUUUCCCCUGAUUGCCUGCAUGAAGGUGGUUUUAUCCUGCGCAUUCUGAAACUUUACAAGAAGAUCGCCAGCGUUCAAGACCUUGCUGGACUGAGGUGUGGGCAGGCAGAACAAGCCGUCUAUCUGUAAGAUCUUUGUCUAGGAGGCAGUAGAGCCAUGAACAGCCUGCGGAGAAAAUGUGGCAAUUCAGCUGGAGUGAUGCUCUUUGUGAUGCCUCUGACCUUCAGAUGCUUCCACCGUCUCCUGUCUUCCAGUUGGAGGUCAAAUUGCUGCACUGCAUCAAGCAGCAUCUCCUCAUAGAGAUGCAUUGAAUCAACACAUUUGUAUGAGGCACGUUCAGCGUCAGUGCUGCACUAACCAAUUAAGCACCUCUAGGGUCGUCUGAGAGACUACCACUAGUGGUUGUACUAGGCAGUAAUGUAAACACUGUCUAAAAACAGUGUUUACAUUAGAAGGCCUGUAGGGACAGGCUGCAGCCACCAGAACAAUAAUAUUAAACUGUAGUUGUUCUGGUGACUGUAUUGUCCCUUUAAUUUGGUUUAAUGCCAUAUAUUCAUGAAUUUGUUGGAUUAGUAUCUGUUUCAUCAGAAUAUAAGUAGCUUUCCAAAGAUGGUCUAUUAAAGUAUUGCAAACUAAUGCACUAUAUCUCCUAUACACACACACCAAAAAUAGACCAGUUUACAAACUUACAAUACAAUACAAACAACCCCACUCUACGCACGCGCAAUCCCACAAACAACCCCCAAAUGCAUUCUCAAUAGUGUUUCAUAGAGCCAGAUUUCCCAUGAGGCAGAGGUGUCUGCGUACAGGUGCCUGUCCUAUAGGGGGGGUCUGUUUACAGCACUUUUAAUUUGCCUUUUUGAAUUUGAGUUAACAGGUGGGGAUAGAAAUACCAGAAACUUUGGCCAGUGUCCAGUCAGACUCCUAUGCUUAGAGGGAAACUAUAGUGCCAGGAAAACAAACUUAUUUUCCUAGCACUAUAGCUUCCCCUGUUGUCAAGGCCCCUUGUAAAAACCCUUUCUGUCACUCACCUGGGUCCAGCGCCGAUGUCCCUCGUUGUUGGCUCGGCUCCACUAUGCUCCUCCCAAGUCUGCCGGCGGGGGAGACCUAAUGCGCAUUUGCCACACUUGCAUUAUGAUUACUCCAUAGGAAGGCAUUAUUCAAUACUUUCCUAUAGGGAUUCCGGUGACGCUGGAAGUCCUAAUGCGUAGCGUGAGGACAUCCAGCGGCAUUUAGGUGACCAGAAGUCGUCUAAGCACCAUAAGUCCCUUUAGUGGAUGUCUGGUAGACAGCCACUAGAGGUUGAAUCAACCCUAGCAGGUAAUGAUUGCAGUUUCUCAGAAACUGCAAUAAUUACCACUUUAGGGUUAUAGGACAUUGCACCCAGACAACUUCAAUGUGCUGAAGUGGUCCCUGAAGUGUCCCUUUAAUAGCAGAGCUGCAGGAACUGUUAUGGAGGCAAUAAAACUCAGUGCUGUCCCAGCUCCUCCAGUGUCUGUGUGUGAGGCAGGACAGGAAGAGGAACGGAUUAUUUCCCAUCUGCCCAUUGACAGCCUCACACAGGAAAUACAUUGCAGGAGGCGCAGAGACAGCAUUCACACUACACACUAUAGGACAGCACUGCAGCUCUACUAUUAAACAUAGCAUGGUAAGUACUUUACAAAUAACCCUUAAAACUCCACAUGGUUGUACCCUACUAAGGUUAACCUUCCCAAAACCUAAACACGCUCUUAGUCCAAAAUGUAAGCACUCAAAGCAUAAACCCGAAACAAAAACCGUUACCUUAAUCCUAGGUUUCAACACACCAUACACUCCAAUACUAAAUAAACCCCAUUCUAACCUUUUGCCCAAUUAUUCUAGACACCUCUUAUACUGAUCUGGAUCAAAUCAAGCGUUUGAUUAUUUGUCUAUCUACUCCUUUCUAAAUUGAUUGUGCGCAUGUCUUCUAGAAGUAAAUCACACUGGGCACAUUGCAGGUUAUGAAGGACUUCAGAAUGGCCUUUAUUCCAAGGGGUGGGAGCCCCUUUUAAAGCAGAAAUACGUCAUGUACAUAGUCACAGAUUACACAAAGUAUACUUUCGGCAAUUGGUUAAAUGUUAGGUCUUGUCUAAACCCACCCUACAGGAUGUAAUGUCAUCAUUACAGAGUUCUCCCAACCACAUUGCAGCUCCAUCUUGGUUACACGAUGGGAGGGGGAGUGAGUAGUUACUGAACAAAGAGGGCUGAAGGGGAAACAGUUACUUUAACAGCGAUUCUCCAUUUUGUUAGACGUGGCAGAGAGCUGUUAGUUGCACAAAGGAAGUGGGGGAGGAGUUAGUAAAGGAAGCUGUUCUUUUAACACAGGAAUUUGUUACACGAGGCUUGCUCGAUGGCAAGGGGGAGGGUAGUCGGAUGGGAGGUAUUUACAGAGGAAAUAGUUACUGAGCACACAUGUAUAGAGUAAAAAUACAUUUUAUCCAUUCAAGUAUUUUGUCCAUAACAAUACCAUAACUAUGACCCUCCACAAGCCCCUUAACUCUGAACAUCCUAUGUAAUCUAACUAUGACUUUAACUCCUUUCUAACUUUAAACCUCCCUUUACCCUAUUUAUUUAUAACACAGCAAAAUUUAGAUGAAGUUGUUAUGGUGCGUUAAGAUAAUUAAACUGUCCCUUUAAUGAACAACAUUUCAGAGUUAGAGAGGAUGUGUUUUAAUUGCUCUUAAAAUCUCAUGUACAAUUUUUCAGUCUACACUUUUAAACACAUUCUUAUGUUUUAAAUAUCCAGAAUUUUAAUUACUCCCAGAUGUGUCAGAAACCCAAAUUACUUCCUUGGUUUUAGAGAUCUGCUCUAUUCUGAGACUUAAUUGAUUAAUAAAAGAGAUUAAGGUUAAAAGAGUGACAUCUUGAAAGGUGACGAUGACAGAGAGAAUAAUUUAUUUUCUCAAGAUAAAAUAUGAUGCAGAGUUUAAUUCAAAUUCAAAUGAAAAGCUGUCAAAUUAAUAGCCCAGCUUCUGUCUCAUCUCAACAAUCAUUCAAAUUCAAGAGUGGUAUUGCUUCAGUAAUAGGUGGUUAAAACGCCCCAACGUCAGGCCCAAUACAAACUGACUUUUUUACUAAACAAUCAGGAUUAUUUACCGAAGUGUGAAAUUUUCAGGAAUUCAACAUUAUUUUAAAGAAAAAAAUUGUAGGUCUAUUUUUCCAAGAUGGCUUAGUUUGGACUAAAAUUUGCAAUUCACUUUGAAGUACUUAAAAUUCAGGCUUUAGUCUAGUCCAGGAUUUAGGGAUUGUUCUGUCUUGUCUAAAGUGUUUUUAUCUUUCUUUUUUUUUUUUAAAUCACCUUAGACACAACUGGGUAAUCCCUAAAUCCUGGACUGGUAGGGGCUACUUGAGGACUGGGUUAGGUACCACUGGUUUAGUGAAUAACCCUAAAAGGGUUUGAUAACUGAAUUGCAAAUUGUUGUCCAAAAUAACUACAUUUUAAAGAUUGAACAAUUUAUUCAAUACACAGAUUUGAAGUAAAUCUGAAAAGAAAUUGCAAAAUGUAGGAUGAUUGUGUCUAUAGCGGAGUUGUAGUACUUUUGCCUAAAUUGUAGUUUUGGAUUCACUACAAAUUGUUAUUAUUAUUAUUGGCCUUUUUAUACCGCCAACUUAUUCCUCAGCGCAUUAUAAAUUGUUUUUCACUAAACAUCAAUGGCUCCAUUUAUUAGUGCACAUAAAAACCACUUGCAUCCCGAUUUAUGCCAGUUCCACCUUAGUUCCCUGAUCUUCCAGCUUGUGGGGACACCAGGGAGCUGUUCCCAACAUUCAUAGCACAAGCUCAUAAUAAAACGCGCUUGCACGAUGUUUAGGGUGCUAGGGUCUGCCCUCAGUGGGCCGGCCUGAGUGAUGGACGGGCAACCGGCCUGCCAUUUACCUAGAUGGACUCACACCCUUUCUCAGCGGUCCACACCGAAGCUACCGAGAUAUUCAUGUCACAGGUCUGCCUCCCAACUUCCUCCCAAUUCUCAGGACACCGGAGUUGGAAGGUGUGAAAUUAUCGUAAGCAAGAGAGAUUUACACGUGUAUUUCUUUUAAAAGAUCAGUGAGAUUUACUAAUCUGACCUGGAAAGUAGGGUAUAUGUACACCUCCAGUAUAAUACAUUUUCUGGCAUAAAGCCUUAAAAGUAGUAACGAUGUUCAACUUUGUACUCCUACUUAUACUCAGAGGUAUCCAAUACCUCCAAAGUCUAGAACAUAAAAAUAUACAGUUAUGCAUCACACGAUGCUUGUUUAAGUUUUAUUGUUUUGUUGUUAUUGCCUUUUAAAAUGUAUGCAACAUACAGGUUUACCAUACGAAAUGUUACUAUCCCUUGCACACCUGUAAACAUAACAAAUUAAGCUUCGUACUUGUAAUAAUGUGACUACUUAAUCACAAAUGACACAUGUAUGUAUUUCUAUUUGUUUCUUUACAAAAUCUUGAAAUAAAUAAUGAAAUAAAAGUAGUGACGAUGUUAGAUGAUCCAGACGAACCCUACAUCCAUCAAAGGGAAACUGAGAAUGCAGCAUUGCUACCUUACUAACAGUGAGAUUACACAUGUGCUAUCAAAAGGGAUGUUGCUAUGGCACCAACGGUUUCAGCCCAGGGGUAUAUUUUAUGGUCCCAACAAGUGGCAUACACACAAUCCACAGGGCCCCGGUGCAAAACUGAUCUGUGGACCCCUCUUCCCUCCCCUCCCACCGGUCCGUGGGCCUCCCCCCCGACACAUACAUACACACACAUACACCCCCCCGACAGACACAUAAAUAUAUACACGCAUACAUACACACAGACACACAUACACACACCCCCCAACAGACAUACACACAGCUACAUACAGACACAUACACACACAUACAGAGACACAUAUACACAGACACACACACACACCCCCGACAGACAAACACAUACAGAGACACAUACAUACACAUAGCCACAUACAUACAGAGACACACACACAUACAGACACAUACAUACACGCAGAGAGACACACAUAUACAAAAUGUUUCCUGUUUCCUACCUUUUGCAGGAGGGUGACUUUCCCCGGGGUCCAGCUGGGGCUCAGCCUGAUGGGAGUCAGAGUUCCCACUCUGACUCCCUCCUUCCUCCCGCGUGGCUCUCUGAUAGCUGGGAGGAGUGACGGGCAGUGACCACGCCCCCCUUUUACAGGUAUUUAGCUUAUUCUCACUAUAUUUAGAAUGAGAGGGGGUAAGUAGGGUUUAUUUUAUUGGGGCGGGAGGGUUCACUUGCGGCUUUGCCUUAUGUUUUAAAGAAAGCUAGAUCUGUUAGGAAGAAAUGAAGAACUGAUCCUGAGAGAGGAAGAGAAGAGAUGGCGAUUGGGGAAAUGCAAGUUCGGCAUGACAGUCCUGCUUUAGCAACAGGUACUUUAGCAAGUAGAAGCUGAUCAGUAAAGAACAACAUUUGGUAUGGAGAUUUACCUGGGGCAGGUGUACGAUUUCUGGUGUAAAAGCAUUCCGUUUCCGUGCUUAAGUUGCUUGGUCUGUCCAUUGAUAGAACUUUGUUUGUCUAUUGCAAUCUUUCACCUUGUUCGGAGAGAUCUUUACACCAGCGACAUCAAUUAGAUGUAUGCCUUACUAAACAACAUUUUGAUGUAAUUAGUAUCUGCCUUCUAAUAAAUGGAGAGGAAAGUGUUUUUUUUUUUUCAUUAUUUUUAUUUUAAGCCUUACUAGUGAAACCUAAGAUAUGGCAGUAGAGCUUAAAAUAUUUUCACGUUUGCUUUUUUUGGCCUGAAAUUGGAAAUGUACUCCCAUUUCAUGCAAUUCAAACUGUAGUGAAUAACACUGUAGGUAAUGUAUGGUGCCUACUGUGUGGAAGGCAAGAGAUAAUAAGGGAUAUGUUGAUACUUUACGUUUGUAUCUGACAUUUCCUUAAAACACUGACAGGUGCUUCAAAAGGGCACCAGUCAGGCCAGUGUUCGCUUUCCUCACUCACAAACUCCCACUCCAGUAACAAGAACAAAAUGCACUAGGAAAGCCUUUUAAGCCUGUUUAACAAAAUCCACAUGCUGUGCUUUUUAAAGAAUUUCCCUGGUUUCUUGGAAUGCCAAAAUCAGGACUGCCACAAUAAAUUUGGUAUAGUUGGCAAGUAUGCACAUUUAUGUUGUUGUACAUAAGACACAUAACAUCAGGCUUUGAUCUUUUGGUAUUUUAUCAGGUCCAUGCUGGAACCAUGAGAGCUACAAGUGUUGGCUGGCUAAAACUACGGAGCUCAGACCCGAUGGACCAUCCUAUUAUUAAUCCGAACUAUCUAUCAACUGGUGAGUAGGGAGACCUCCCCUGGUAUGAGUAGAUUUUGCAGGAAUAUAGCUAAUUGUGUUACAUCUUAAUUACCACCAUGGUAGAUAACAUGUUAAGAGUGUCACAAUGACAUUUUUUUAGUUUGAUAGUUUUUUUAAUGACAUGGUUAAUUUAAAAGCACAAUAUUAAUAUCAUUCUCCUCAUCCGAAUUAUUUUAAUUGAAUAUAUAGGCAGUAGGUUAAAAUGUAAGACAAUGUGUUAGAAACCUAUUUUAACAUAAUACAGUUUUUCUAAAUGUAAGCUUUUGUGAAAUGGGCCUUUUUGUCUCCUGUAUCUGUCAACAUUAUUUUGCAUGUCAAUUGCUUCUUAAAACUGCAAAUAAUAAAACCAAUAUUAAGCUAUAUCUAUACGAUAAAAUGUUUAGUACGCAUUAUCAGUUCAAUGGUCACAUAGUAAUCUAGGUUGAAAGAAAGAUUAAAAUCCAUUGAAUUCAACUUUUAAACCACAUCUUUUUAUUGUAUUAAUAAAUUUGAAGCAACAGCCAAUUAUGCUACAAAAAAUGGGGGUAGAUCCUUCUUGACUCCUAGUGGCAAUCAGAUUUCUCCUCUGACUAACAACCCACAUACACUGAUCAGCCUCAACAUUAAAACCACCUUCCUAAUAGUGUUUGUUACACCCUCAUGAUUCCAAAACUGCUCUAAUGCAUCGAGGCAUGGACACCAAAAGAACUCUGAAUGUGUCUUGGCAUCAAGAAAUUAGCAGCAGGUCCUUUAAGUCUUGAAAGUUGCAUGGUUUGCCCUCAAUGGAUCAUAUUUGUGGUUCCAGCACAUUCCACAGAUGCUCAAUCGGAUUGAGAUCGGGGGAAUUUGCAGGCCAAGGCAACACCUUGAACUCUUUCUCAUGUUCCUCAAACCAUCCCUAAAAAGUUUAUGCAUUGUGGCAAAAAGAAAGAGGCCACUGCCAUCAUGGAAUACUAUUGCCAUUAAGGGGUGUACGUGGUGUGCAACAAUCUCUAAGUUGGUGGUACAUGUAACAUCGACAUGAAUGGACCCCAUGUUUCCCAGCCAAACAUUGCCCAGAGCAGACCACUGCUGGCUUGCCUUUUUCCCAUAGUGCAUCUUGCUGCCAUUUCUUUCCCAGAUAAACGACACACAAGCACCUGGUGACCAUCCACCUGUUCUGAAAAAAAAAUCUGAUUCAUCAGACCAGGCAUUAAGUUUUUUUAGCAAUUUGAGCUACAGUAGCUCUCGUGUGAUCAGACCAGAGUGGCCAUCCUUUGUUCAGAUGAGAAUCCGCAUCCCUUGUGGCUUCCUUCAAGGUUGUCGAGCUGACAUCAAGAGCCAACAGGAUUUCUGCAGCACAAUAGUGGAAAAUUGCUAGACAUCCCAAGUGCAAAUCCAGUGACUAGUCUGAGAUAACUGAUCACAAUAAAACAAGACAAAAAUCAAAGGAUUGCAUGGAGCUUUGAACUAUUGCCGUGAGCUUGUCCAUGAGAUAAUUCUCCUUGAUUGAAUGUUUAACCUCUGUCUUGCUCCAGUCCCCCAAUUUAUCCAAAUCCCGCUGUAGUGAAGUUAUAUCAUGUUCAAACUGUAAUUUAUUACCUAAUUUUUUGUCAUCUGUAAACACCGACAAAUGACUUUAACCCCUUAAGGACCAAACUUCUGGACUAAAAGGGAAUCAUGACAUGUCAUGAUUUGAAAUACCCACUUCAAGAUCAUUUAUAAACAGAUUAAAGAAAAGUGGACCCAGGAAAUAACCCUAAGGCAUUCCACUUACUACUUUUCUCCAAAUUAAUUAGUAAAGUAGGUGGAAUAGGACUUUUUAAAUAUAAUUUAUACACAGCAAUAAUUUUAUAAACUGUUUUGUAUCAAAUUAAAGGAAUUAUUUGGGAGGUAUGUACUUCGAGGCUGUAUGUGCAACAUUUUACUAUGAAACACUCCACAUACAGAAUUGUUUGCUGCAGAAACUGUAACUACUCCUCUGGCACCAUCCCUGGGGCAUCAUUAACAAGCCCAGAACCUGCCCUCCAGGCUGGCUACUGUCACUUCUGUGCAUGUUGGACAACCGUACAACUUCCUGCUGACUGGUGUCCAAUAGUGGCACAACUUCCCCCAACAUGACAAGUAUAAAAGAUAGUGUAAUAGCUACUGGCGCGAAAUAUAAAGUGCAAAAAACUCAUGCAAUGUAAUAAUGUGCAGCUUGUUACCACAGUGAAACCAAUUUCACAACUAAAACAUAAACCCACAAUACAAAAAAAGUGAACAGUGCACUAAAAUAAUUUUUGUGACAGUGUACCACAAAUGGUGAUACACAAUAACACAUAAAAAUGUAGGUAUACCCUUUAGAUUUCUGGAUGGUCACAGAAAAUAUAUAAAACAUGCAAUCUCAUAGGGCAAUACAGCAGUAUUAUGAAUAGAUAGGUAAAAAAACCCUAGUGGGUAUCACACUCAUAUUUUCUAGAGCCUUUAUGUAACACUGGCUGCGGUAUAUACACUUGAUUGUGAUAUGUCGGAUGUUCCACCAAGGUCUAUUGAUAACAGCUUUGACUCUUAGGAGUAGAAAGUUGGAGAAAUGCACCAAAUGUAAGCUAAAGCAGCAAAUUUUAUUAUACAACAAACAUAAAAACCUUACAUUCCAAUUUGCUUGGUGCCAUAAAAUCCAUAGUCCUAGCACAACGCGUUUCAAGGCAGUCUGUAUUUUCCUCAGGUGCUGGGUACUUAAUACUGCAUGUAUCCCCUUUUUAAAUCACCAAAAUUGGUGCCAAAAAGUCCCUGGUUCAAUUGUCAUUGGUAUCACUUCCAGUUUCACCGGCCGGCAUCAUAGCCCAUUUCCACCGGAAAAGUUGUUACCUUUUGGUGUUACUUCUGGUUCCAGGCGGAGUGACCAUAUUGGUACACUCCAUAUUGGUACACACAAAGGUGUACCGCGUCAUAUCCGGUCUCUCCGCCAGAACAGCUAAGUCAGCCAUGUUAUGGAUGUUAAGCCUACCUUGUCACUGCCUAUCUCGGCAUCCGAGAUGGGCAGUAAAAGAUAUGUUAAUCCGAUAGAAUUAUACUUAUAUAAAGUAAAUGUUAACCUUCUGGAGAGAGAGUUUCCAGUUCGAAAAUCCACUUCAUUUCUGUUUUGUUCAAUAAUUUUAAAUGAUUCAAUUCAAAUGACUUUUUUCUUUAAAAUGUGUAGUUUGAAGAACUAACACAAAAAUUGCAAAAUGUAACUACUAAUUCCCAAUACACCAAUUUGUUUUCAAUGAACAGAAAAGGACAUUUUGGAUUUCCGUCAGUGCGUGAAGUUAUCCAGAGAGAUUUUUGCUCAGAAAGCCUUUGAUAAUUUCCGAGGCCCAGAGAUCCUGCCAGGACAAAGUGUACAGUCGGAUCAGGAAAUAGAUGCGUUCAUCAGACAAAAAGCUGACACCGCUUACCAUCCUUCAUGUACCUGUAAAAUGGGACAACCAACUGAUCCCAAUGCAGUUGUUUGUCCAGACACAAAAGUGAUUGGAGUAGAAAAUGUACGUGUUGUGGAUGCCUCUAUAAUGCCUAGUAUUGUGAGUGGAAACUUAAAUGCUCCCACUAUUAUGAUAGCAGAGAAAGCUUCUGACAUAAUCAAAGGCAUUCCUUCACUUCUGGAUGAGAAUAUUCCCAUUUACAAACCGAAGACACUAGAAACUCAACGAUAAGAAAUUUAAUUAUGUUUCAUUCCUGAAUUAAUUCUGUCCAAAACAUCUCGAGUUGCAGCUUUAAAAAGUAAAAUGCGCCUGGGUUGACUUUUCUAAGGUGAAAAAAUUGUAUUCCAAAGAGGCAAAUUGGUCUGUCAGGCUAAUUAGCUAUUGUAGAAUGUUGCACAGUCUGUUUCUUUUUAUGUUAGGUAUGGAUGUCUAAUCUGUUAAAAAGAACAGAUGAUAAUUUGCUAUGCUACAUAGUUAAAUAGCUGAAAAGAGACUUGCAUCCAUCAAGUUCAGCCUUCCUCACAUACGUUUUUGCUGUUGAUCCAAAAGAAGGCAAAAAACAAAACAAAAUAGCAGUCAGAUGUCUCCUUGGAUCAAGCAGCUAUUACCCCACUAAUUAGAAAUGAUAUCCCUGUAUGUUAUGUUUUUGCAAGUAUUUAUCCAAUUGCAGUUUAAACAUCUGUAUGGACUCUGAUAAAACCACCUCUUCAGGCAGAUACUUCCAUAUCCUUAUUGCUCUUACUGUAAAAAAAAACUUUUCUUUGCCUUAGAUGAAAUCUCCUUUCUUCCAGCCUAAUGCUGUACCAUGAGUAGUAUGGAAUGUGGGUGUAUGAGAGAAUUGAGGUUCGAGGGUCUCCAUAUGUGUCCUUAUCUGGCCAGAGUUUUAUCUGAAAGCUCUGACAUCAUGUGUAUAAAAGAAAGACAAAGAACCACAUUACCUUGUUUCUCUGUCUUUCUGGACAAAGGCGAAAAUUGCUCUCUGUAACAUCGUUACGUUGUACCAUCAGUUAAGUCUUUGCAUAUGUAUUGCUGUUUGUAUUGUGAGUAGAAUAAAUGUAUAUAUUUUUUUUUAUAAAGAACGUCAGCUUGCGUAUUAAUAUUUAAAAAAAUAUAUUUUUAAUACAAGAUAUAUACACAAAGACUUACUCCAAUCACCCAUAUACAUUAUUAUUACAGAUAUAAUUAAUGAUUUCAGUCUCGUGGUUAUGGUUCAUAAGCCAUCUAGAAUAGAUUUGUCAUUUCUUUAUGACAUAUUUUUUUAACACUACGUUUAAAACAUGUGAUCUGUAACCUUUGCAAGCAUACAAUUUUAAGAUAUUUGGGUUCAUUUACUAUACAGAGACUUGUAAUAAAUUAAAUUAUAAAUAACAAAAUUUAGGCAAAAAACUGCAGACUUGGAAAAAUACAUGUUAAACUCAAACAUAGUCACAGCUUUGCUAUUCUAGCCCAAGUUUUGCAAUUCAGUUUUCAACAGUCUACGAUUCACUGUCUAGUAAAUAAACUUCAUUUAAAUUAACCUUUUGUUUUACUCUGAUCAGAUUGGAGAAUUGAAAGAGCAUAUUAUCUUUCAGAUAAUAGCCAAAAUAGCUGAAUCGGAAAAAAUUCUCAAACUCUAAUAUUUUUGCUUACAUUUUGCAAUUCACGUGUCAACUUUCCAUAUCAUGUCCAGUUGGCUGAGUGCAAGAUUAACAUCACAGAUUGAAAUUUAGAGAUGGCAAAGUGCAAUAUGAGAGGCGUGUCACAUAGGGAUAUUAACCCCUUGAUGAAACUUUUUUUGGAAUGUUGUACAGUUCAGGACACAGACUGUUUUAACACUUCUGCGGUGUUUAGCUGUAAUUCUCUUCUUUCUCAUUUACUGUACCCACACAUAUUCUAUAUUAUCAUCUGCGGCAUAAGGUAGGCUCUCUCUACAUACCAUUAUUUGAUCAUAUCAUGUAAUGUAUUCUAAAGAAAAAUAAUAAAAUCUGAUGAAAACAAAACACUUUUUGUGGCUUUAUUUGAAAAAUCGAUCGGCCUGGAGACUUAAUGAAUCCCUGCUCAAUGACCCAGUAAUAAUGUCUCACAUUACAGAGGACCUCCAAAAUUAUUU